GUAUUGCUUCAGCUUUAAUUGUUGCUUAGUUUCGUUUUAAAUCUAAGUGUGAUAGAGGACUACGAAAAUACGGAAGGAAAAUGGCGGAGCGUGGCUCGCGAUUUUCGAUUCGAAUUUAGAAUUGUGGCAUAGAUAGAAAAUUUUAAAAAUUAUCUUUUUAAAAAAUAACAUAUGCGAGAAUGUCGUUGUGGGUUUUUGUAUUCGUGUAGAUUUUCCGUGACUGUACUGCAAGGACAUUGUAAAAUCGAUAUCUGUUCGGCUAUGUCGUCACGGCUGUAGCUGUCGCCGGUCGGCCGGUAAUAAUAAUAAACUGCAAACGCUAAAAGGCUGUUGUACAUGUCAGAAAAAGAAGAAGAGUAGUCUCGCAUCCAUCGAAGAGAUGACAACAGAAACGGCGACGCCUAACCAGGCGGAUGCCAGCACCGCAUUUCUGCGGGCUGCGCGCGCCGGGCAGAUAGAGAAGAUCAUUAGCCUCCUCGAGCAGGGGGUCGACAUCAACGUUAGCAACGCUAACGGUUUAAAUGCCAUCCAUCUUGCGUCCAAAGAUGGCCACGUGGAGGUGGUCAGGGAAUUGCUCGAUCGUGGUGCGGCCAUCGACGCUGCCACCAAGAAAGGCAACACCGCGCUGCAUAUUGCCUCGCUAGCUGGGCAAGAAGCUGUUGUUAAACUUCUAGUGCAGAAUGGGGCUCAGGUCAACAUUCAAUCCCAGAAUGGUUUCACCCCCCUCUAUAUGGCCGCUCAGGAGAACCAUGACGGGGUUGUCAAGUUCCUUCUUGCUAAUGGCGCUAAUCAAAGCCUAGCUACAGAGGAUGGCUUUACACCACUGGCAGUGGCUAUGCAGCAAGGGCAUGAGAAGGUAGUCGCUGUACUGCUUGAAGCAGAUACUCGGGGUAGAGUCCGUCUGCCCGCUCUACACAUCGCUGCCAAGAAGGACGACGUGAAGGCUGCCAAUUUAUUACUUGAGAACGAGCACAAUCCGGAUGUAACGUCCAAAUCCGGUUUUACGCCGCUGCACAUCGCAGCCCACUAUGGCAAUGAGUCUGUAGCGAGAUUGCUUCUCGCCAAAGGUGCUGAUGUAAACUGCGCGGCCAAACACAAUAUAUGUCCUCUACAUGUUGCUGCUAAAUGGGGCAAAGACAAUAUGGUAGCACUCCUCGGCGACAACGGCGCUAACGUAGAAGCCAGGACUAGAGAUGGGCUGACUCCCCUCCACUGCGCAGCGAGGUCUGGCCACGAGAGGGUGGUGGAAGCAUUGCUGGAUAGAGGCGCGCCAAUAACCAGCAAAAGCAAGAACGGGUUGGCCCCCCUGCACAUGUCUGCGCAGGGUGACCACGCCGACGCGGCGCGCGUCCUGCUGGCCCGGCGAGCACCAGUCGACGACGUCACCGUGGACUACCUUACCGCGCUGCACGUGGCCGCUCACUGUGGUCACGCUAAAGUGGCCAAAUUGUUACUUGACAGGAAUGCAGACGCCAAUGCGCGCGCUUUGAAUGGAUUCACACCACUGCAUAUUGCUUGCAAGAAGAACAGGAUCAAAGUUGUGGAGUUACUGCUCAAAUAUGGAGCUAGUAUUCAAGCAACGACUGAGUCAGGCUUAACGCCUCUCCACGUGGCCGCAUUCAUGGGCUGUAUGAACAUCGUCAUCUACCUGCUGCAACAUGAAGCUAAUCCUGACGUGCCCACAGUCAGGGGCGAGACGCCAUUGCAUUUAGCUGCCAGAGCUAAUCAGACUGACAUCAUUAGAAUUUUGCUUCGCAACGGAGCGGCGGUCGAAGCUAAAGCCAGAGAGAGACAAACUCCGUUACACAUAGCGUCCCGUCUGGGCAAUGUGGACAUUGCGGUGCUACUGCUGCAACACGGUGCCGACGUGAGGGCGAUGACUGCUGACCAUUACAAUCCGCUGCACAUUGCUGCUAAACAGCAUAAUCAUGACGUGGCGGCAGCGUUAAUUGAGCACAAUGCUCCACUCACUGCGACCACAAAGAAAGGAUUCACGGCCUUACACCUCGCUGCGAAAUAUGGAAACUUGAAGGUAGCAAAUCUGCUACUGGCUCAUGGAGCAUCACCAGAUCAGGCCGGCAAGAACGGCAUGACACCGCUUCAUAUUGCUGCCCAGUAUGACCAACAGGCUGUUGCCACCACUCUACUCGAGAAAGGAGCUGAUGCUAAGGCGAUAGCCAAAAACGGACAUACACCGCUGCACAUAGCAGCUAGGAAGAACCAAAUGGAAACCGCGGCUACGUUACUCGAGUAUGGGGCACUGACUAACGCCGAGUCGAAAGCUGGCUUCACACCGCUGCACCUUGCUGCUCAGCAGGGUCAUACGGAAAUGUGUUCGUUGCUAUUGGAGCAUGGAGCCGAGGUAGACCAACAGGCCAAGAAUGGACUUGCAGCUUUUCAUCUCGCCGCUCAGGAAGAUAGAGUGCCAGUCGCUCAACUGUUGGCGAAGAAUGGUGCUGAGGUUGAUAUUUGCACAAAGGGUGGCUACACACCCUUGCAUAUUGCAAGUCACUACGGACAAGCGAACAUGGUUCGAUUUUUACUCGAAAAUGGAGCGUCUGUGAAGGCACAGACCACACACGGAUACACGGCAUUGCACCAUGCAGCUCAACAAGGCCACAUUAAUAUAGUCAAUAUUCUGUUGGAACACAAAGCUGACGCCAAUGCCACCACCACGAAUGGCCAAACUCCUCUGGACAUUGCAUCUAAGCUGGGUUACGUCACAGUGAUGGAAACACUGAAGGAGGUAUCAGAACCCUCAAUAGCACCGGCUUCCCAGGAAAAGUACAAAGUGGUCGCACCAGAAACUAUGCUGGAAACAUUCAUGUCCGAUUCUGAAGAAGAAGGCGGUGAGGACACAAUUUUAAAUGACCAGCCAUACCGAUACUUGACGGCUGAUGAUAUGAAGUCACUCGGUGAUGACUCAUUACCAAUCGACGUGACCAAAGACGAGAGAACAGAAUCCGCCCUGAGUCAUAAGAAUAUAAUGGAUAUGUCGCAAGGGUCUAUGAACGGUAUCCCGUACCAGCCUCAGCAGGAGGUGGUGGUGAAGAGUAUCAGCCGGUACAGCACGGCACAAGCACCUGAAGGAUACUGCUACAACGUGGACCCCACACAACCCAAGAAAAAACUGCAGUGGAAGAAUUUCCUGGUGUCGUUCCUGGUGGACGCACGAGGUGGUGCAUUACGAGGUUGCCGCGGUGGUGGCGUCCGCGUGAUAGUACCGCCGCUGUCUGCACAGCAACCCACGAGGAUCACUUGCAGAUAUUUAAAACCGUCCCGCAUUAACCACAUGCCACCCCUUAUGGAAGGAGAAGCGCUGGCGGCCAGGGUGUUGGAGAUGGGACCUGUCGCUGCCAAGUUUUUGGGGCCCGUGAUACUGGAAGUACCACAUUACGCAUCACUGCGGGGCAAAGAACGUGAGAUAGUGAUACUACGCUCAGACAACGGCACAAGUUGGAGGGAACACAAUGCAGAUGCCACGGAUGAUGUCGUCCAGGAUAUUCUGCAUGAGACUCUGGAGAUUGAAGAAACAAACGAUGAAGAGAAAGGCUGGGACACUCCACGCAUUACAAGGAUUCUGACACACGACUUCCCUCAAUACUUCGCUGUUAUAUCGCGUAUACGUCAAGAAGUACACGCCAUUGGGCCCGAAGGUGGCAUGGUAUCAAGUUCAGUGGUCCCUCAAGUGCAAGCUGUAUUCCCUCAGGGCGCGCUCACCAAGAAGAUCAAAGUUGGCCUUCAGGCACAAAUAAUAGACUCUGAACUUACUGCCAAACUUCUUGGUCGUGGAGUGGCGGUAUCUCCAGUGGUCACUGUUGAACCCCGAAGGCGAAAGUUCCAUAAAGCCAUAACGCUGAGCAUGCCGGCUCCAAGACCACACACCCAAGGAAUGACCAAUCAGUACAGCACGUCAUCAGCUCCAACAUUAAGACUACUAUGCUCCAUAUCAGGGGUAUUUCGCAAACGAUCUCUCGAAGGAGGAACAAAUCGAGCGCAUUGGGAAGAUGUUACGGAGAAUACACCACUUACUUUUGUAAAUGAUUGCGUAUCAUUUACCACAACCGUCUCGGCUAGAUACUGGCUAAUUGACUGUCGUCAUAUCGAGGAUGCUACUAAAAUGGCAACUGAAUUAUAUAGGGAAGCGAUUCACGUACCUUUCAUGGCUCGUUUUGUGGUCUAUGCAAAACGUACAGACGAAUGCCAAGCGCAACUACGCAUGUUCUGUGUUACCGACGAUAAGGAAGACAAGGCAUUAGAACGAAUUGAACGCUUCAUACAAGUCGCUAAGAGUCGAGACGUUGAGGUUCAUGAAGGCAAACCAAUUUAUUUAGAAUUUGGCGGUAAUCUCGUACCAAUAGCAAAAUCUGGAGAGCAACUCGCAAUACCGUUCCGAGCAUUCCGGGAGAACAGAGUUGCUUUUCCGGUCAUGAUAAAGACCCAAGAUUUGGAACCGAUAUGUAGAUGCCAGUUCAUGAGAGAUCCCAAGGUUCCUAAAGGCGAACCAUCGCCAGCGCCGAUUGCGGUACUCAAUAUAAUGGUACCAGAUGAUACUAUAAUGGAGAGGACCAGCCCAAUACCAACCGAUUCACUUCCACGUCGAACCGUUGAGCAAGAAUUGAUAUGGCGGCAGCGACUAGGUGAUCCAAGAUUGGAAGAUAUAUGUAAUCUCCUUAGUAAGGAUUGGGUGGCUCUAGCAUAUGAGCUUGGUGUUAGUGUUGCAACUGUGAAUCAGAUUCAAGCGAAAAGAAUCACAGCACCCGAACAGGCUCAACUUAUGCUCAAGCUUUGGAAGACUCAAUCUGGAACUAAAGCUCAAGAUAAUUCACUGGAACUGGCGCUAUGCCGGAUAGGCAGAGAUGACAUUAUUGCUCCACAAUCGGAAGUUACAAACGAACGACGAAUACAACGUAAUAUAUACCAAGAGAGACAAGCCUCUGAAGAAAUUGAGGCAUAUAAAGCUGAAGAAGACAAUAAACUUAAAGAUAAGAUAUAUGAUGACAAUCAAACAGCAGAGCACAGAGAUUUGGAACACGAUCAAGAUGAAGCUAAAUAUUCACCUGAAGAAAAAUCUAUCGUAGACAAGAGUGAAAUAGAAAGAACUCCUACUCCUAGCGAAGAAAGCGAAGAAGAUGAAGACAUAAAGCGCAGUGUAGCUGAGAGAAAGGAACAAAUAACCAGAAAACUAAGUUCUAGCAAAAUACCAGCAUCGAAACAAAAGAAAGAAAUACGUGAAGAAAUUAUAGAAAUUAGAACACAAAUUAAACCCGACAUAAAAAAAUUCCAUGACAUCGAACAACAAGUAAAGGAAAAAGAACCAAAAUUGGAAAGAACAAGGUCUAAAACUUCACCAGAUACCGUUGAAGAAGAAAUUGAAAUAGAAAUUCAUAAAGACAUUAGUGUAGUAAAGAAAGAAGAACCAAAACCAACUGAAAGGCCUAUAGAACAAUUUAGAAAAUUCGAUCCAUCGUCUCCUGCGAAACCUACACCAAAACAUUUACAAAGACAUAUGAGAAAUGAAUCGAUGAGGUUUCCCUCCGGUGACUUUUCGAAUGUCACUAUUACACCUCGAAAAUCAGUAACGGCUGAAAGCACUGAAGUAAAACAUAUAGCAGAAAGUAAAAUGGAUUCUUUCACAAAAGAAAUAAUAUCUCAAAAAGAAAUCGUCAGUUCUAGAGUUGAAGAAAAAUUAGAUGAUGGUGAUAAAUCACCAGACAUAAUAUCGGAAGAAAAGGAUAUGGCUGAAACAACAUUAAAAGACAAAAUAAAUUCAUUUGAAUCUAAAAUGAUCAAAGACCCUUUAGUUGACAUACCUAAGACAACUGUGAAGUUAACUAAAGAAGCUUUGAAAAAACACACAAUGGAACAAGACCAAGGGAUUGAAUAUACACAAGAAUUUGUUAGAGAGCAGUCGAAGCAAAUAUCGACUAUGGAAACGCAUGAACAUAUUACUCACAAAGUUUUAAUAGAAACUGAAAAACACGUUGGAGCUGUCAAAUCUGUUAAGGAAACAAUACAACGAUUUGAUUCAAAAAUAAAACAGGGAGAUAAAUCUAAAUCGACUCCUAAAACAAUUAGAACUGAUUCUACACUAGUCCAAGUAUCAUCAGAAGAAGACAAUGAAUUUUUAAAGAAAUCAACAGAUUCAGAAACCGAAACUGAAUCACAAACAACUAUCAAGUUAGAAAAAAUGACUAAAGUAAAACUUGAUAAAGAAUUGUUUGGAAAAAAGGAAGGAUUGAAUGAUAAUUUUGAACACCACCUUAAAGAUCUCAAACUCAAUGACCGAAAAGAUGAUAAGUAUAAACGAGACGAUGAUGAUGAUAAGAAAGACGAUGAAGGUGUUCCAAUUAAAAUUAAAAAGUUUGAGAAACAAAUGACCACGGAAUUACGUAGUAAAGUUAGUGAAGAAGAUAUAUCUGAAGCUAUAGAGGAAAAGAUUGUUACUCUUAGGGAAAAUUUAAAAGAAAGCAAGAUUGAAACACAACAGUCGGUAGCAAGUAUGAUAUCAGAUAUUAGCAAACAUACUAAGACCGACUCACUAGGUUCAGAUAUACAAGAUGUAAAAUCGUCCCAAGAAUCGCCAAUUCCAUCAGCCAUAGGAAAGGCAGAUUCCUUAGCUGAUUUACAACAAAGUACAGAAAAGGAUUUUAGUUUAAUUUCACAAACUGAAUCUAAGGUUUACUCAAAAGAUUCUAAGCAUAGAAGUGAUUCUCUUGACGAAACUUCACAAUUUUCUGACUUAGAAGAUCAAAUAGGUACUAGUCCAGCUCACAGACCAAUUUUGAACAAAGACACAACAAUUUUAAAAUCUGUUACUAGUGUAAUAACAGAUAAGACAGAAUUAGCCAUAGACCAAACUUUAGAAUUUUUGAAAUAUGAAAGUGAAUAUAGUUCACAAGUAGACGCUUCUUCUUUCAUUAUAAGAGAUCAAGGAAAGGUAUCACCAAAGGAUUCACCUGUCAUUAGCGCAAAAGCACGCCAAUUUAUAGAAACCGUGCCAGAAGAUGAUUCUGUUCAAGAAUGUUUCUUUUCAAAACGCAUAUAUUCAGAUUCAUUAGAGGACUCUGAACAUACUGACUCAAGACGUCAUUCGGAAGCUGAAUCUCUAAAAUCAGAUCAAUCUGACGUAAAACAAAAAGUAUCUUCAUCAGAUUUCGAUGAAAGAGCAGAAUAUGAAGAAACAGCUGAUUCUGGCAGUGGUUUUGGUGACGAGAAAUUUGAAGAAAGUAUUGGUUUUACUUCUAUAAAAAUAGAUUCAAAAGUUCUUGACUCAGACAAACAAGAUUCAGAAUCAGACAAAGAAACUGAUGUAAUAUUUAAAAAAAUGGGACCAAAGCGACACUCCAGAACAGAAUCCAUAUCUAUCUCAAAAUUAAGUGAUUUACAGAUUGAUAUAGAGCCACCCAAACUAAAACAAGAAUUUCAAAUGAUUGUGACGGAAGCUGAAGAAGCUAACAAAUCUUUUGAUAAAGAAGAAGUGUCAGAUAAAAUUUCUUCAGAAAGUAGCAGAGAGAUUGAGAUAUCUGAUAGAAAGUCGUCUGAAGGCAUUUCCGAUAAAAUCAGUUCAGAAGAUGCAGUAACGGAUAAAAAGUCAUCUGAAGAUGAUGCUGCGAAAGAAGGAGAUCGAAUAUUAGACAAUGAAAAAGAUAGAAAUAUAGAUUUUGUCGUUAAGGAAAUUAUUACAGAAACAGUGGAUAUUCAUGUUGAAAAAGUUAAAAUAUUGAAAGACGAUACUAUCGAAAAGGUUGAUGUGAUGAAACGUCAGUCUGUAACGUCGGCAAGCUCAGGAUCCGGUGCUGAGCUUCGUUUAGAAGAGAAACGUCUUUCAGAUGCUCAUAGUUUAACGGAGUCUAAAGAUUACACAUUCGAAGAGUCGGAAGAUGAUAUUGGUACGCAAGGAACUCAUGUUGAUUUCUCUAAGGAUAAACAAGACUCAAAAUAUGAAACGGAAUCUAAAACUAAAAUAUCGACAGGAAAAACAACCGAACAAGCUAAACUUGCUAAGUUAACACAUGGCGACUCGUUAGAUGAUGUUGAAGGUUUUCCAGAAGAUCACGUUGCUGAUUAUGUACCUAAAUUACCACAUAUUGCUGAAAUUGGAUCAUUAUCGGAUAAAAAUAUGGUAAGUGAGUUUUUAUGCAGGGAAAGAGAAGAACAAAUAAAGCGAGAAACUAUUUCUACUAUUAAAAGUGAAUUGAUAAUUGCUUCUCAAAAAAAUAUAGUAUUAGAAACAGCAGACGAUAAGAAAAUAUCUGAAACAAAAGAGGCAGUGCAACCGCACAUUAAAGAGACUAAACAAAUGACUGUAAAGAGUAGUAAAUUUGAUGUCUCUAAAAUUCGAACUGAUACUCUUGGUAAAUUUGAUGCUGAGAAUAUCGAAAGUCUAAAAGAUAAAAAGUUUGCCCCUAAGGAUUUGGAGUUAAAAGAAAGUUCAGAAAUUACAAAAGAACAAGUUAAACCUGUGAUUGACGAUAUUUUACAAAAAGGCUCUAUUGCUGCAGCAUCACGUAGUCCAAUAUUAGAUAAAGAUAUAAAAAGUAUUACUAAAGAUGUAACUGAAUCCGAAAAAAGAUCGUAUGAUGCUAAAGUACCACAGAAAGAAGAGAGAAGACAUUCAUGUAUUAGUCCUGCUAUAUCUCUUGAAAGGAUAGCCGAGUCUGAAACAGAAACAGAGGAUGAAGUACCUAAAACAUUCAGUAGCAUGAUUACUGAGACUAAAGUAACAGAAAUAAAAUCAGAAAUGAAAAAAUCCGAUUCGGCUAUGAAGCAAAUGGCGGAUAACAUAGAGAUUAUUAUAAAACAAGCUUCAGAAGAGGUUGAUGUGUCCCUAGAUGAACCUUUGAUUGAACCUCAAAAUCAAGAUAUUGCAGGUCAAGUGUCUGUUGAUUCUAUUAUAGAAGAAGCUGUCACUACUGUCGAAGAAUACUUAGAAUCCUCAAAAGACAUAAAAGAACGUGAAAUAGAAGCAAAGAAAGAAAUUGUUUAUGAAGAAACAAAGAAAUUUGUUAAAGAAAGACCGGGUUUAAUAAAAUCUCUAUCGCGGGAUAGUGGCGAAAUAGUUAUAUUACCUAAGAAAAAACAUCCACGCACUUUUUCAGUUCAAAGCUCACCUGAAGAAGUUGAAGAGCAAAUAUACACUGAUUCUGAAUCGGAUAUGGACAAAGCAAAAGUUUUAGAAAUAAUCGAACCAAAUUCGGAUUAUGAUGGUAAAGUAGUGGAGACUAGUUUUGAUGCUAGGAAGAUUAGAACUGAUUCUCUUGAUGAUGCUGAUGAUUUUCCAGAAAAAGAGGCUGAAGACUUCGGGGAUGAUACAAAGUACGUAGAAGAUUUCCCAGAAACUUUUAAUGGAGUCAAAUUUGAUGAUAAACCACAAACUUCAACUCAUUUUGACGAUGAUAAAUCUUCAGAAAGAUUCACUAAAAAAACACAAUUCGUAGAUAGAAUAUUACAUUCUGAUUUAGUUUCAAAAUCGACUACAGAAUCUUCAGUAACUACCGUUAUAUCUUCAAUUACAAAGUCAUCAGAUGACGAUCAGAAAUCGGUAUUAGAAGAUGGUACAUCAGCUGACUUCUCUAAACUAAGUGGCGCAGAUCUAGCUAAAGAUCCUUCUAAAAUGUCUUUUGAUGCAAAAGAUGACUCUAGAUUUGAAGAAGUUGAUGAUCGAGGAACUCCAGAUUUAUCAAAAAAAUCUAUAGAUUUAACAAAAGAUUAUUCAAAAUCUUCUAUUGAUAGUAAAGAUACAUCAAGAGAUUUUGCAACUAAUGAGCUAUCUAAAGAUUCAACUGUUGAUUUGACGAAAGACUUUUCAAAAGCCUCUGUUGAAAGUGUAAAAGAAUAUUCGAAAUCUAUUGACGAGAAGACUUUCUCUGACGAUCACUCUUCAUUUGACGCUUCAAAGACAUUAGCAUCCGACGUAUCUGAUGUCAUUCCAAUUAGUAAAGAAUAUAUAGAAGAAGAAGAAAAAUCAAUAUCAAGAGUUAUAAAAAUUUCGUCAAGCUCAUCCCGAGAAACUUCUAAUAUGGCAGAAAGCAGUAUAUUGCUGGAUGAAACAGAAGACAGAUCAUUGGAUAAAGUCAAAGCUACAGAAAGAGAUAUUGAAAACGACUUUAUCGGUGAAAUUGAUGAAAAAAUUGCAGAAUUAAAAUCUGAGUUCGAAAAGGAAGAAGAAAGUGCAAAAUUACCCCUUGAACAAUUUAAAGACAUAGAUCAAAAUUAUAAAACAAGUGAAGACAGUAAAAGAGAAUCUGAUAAUAUUCCUGAUAAUACAGAAUUACAUAGAAGGUGUUCCAAUCUUUUAGAUGAUAUAUCACAAGGAGCUCUUAUAAGAAUAGAUUCGAGUCAUGUAGCACAUGACUUGGUGUCUAAAUUCUCAAAAACCCCACCUCCAUCACCAGUUGAUCUAAUAGUAAAAGACAAAUGUAAAACGGAGGAAGGCACUGGCGAUAAGCAAACCGGGCUACAACUAAAAGGUUCCGAUUCUUCGUUCCUGGAUGCAAGUCGUCAGUCACCAAGGGCAUCGUCUGCUGGAGAUAGCCUUAUUAGCGAGACUGAGGCACACCAGAGCGAUGUACUGAUGGAGGCAUCUAAGGUGCUAAGUGAAGCAGCCAGACCAAAAUCUCCGGUUAAACAUUUAGCAGACAAUUUGUCAUUUAUAAAUGUUGAUCAACCAACAUUAACUAGUGGAGCAAUAGAAUUAGUUGAUAGAACUAUAGAAAAAAGUAUUGAUGUUAUUGAUCAAAUAAAAAAGGAACAAAUCGCAGUUAAAAUGGAAGAAAUGCAGAAAUCUAUAUCGUCCGCUGAUACUUUUUUUACUGAAUCCAGAAUUGAAACUUCAACUUCAUCUUCUUCAGUACACAAAACUUUUGAAGGCUCCGAGUUAAAAUUCCAAUCAAUUGAUCCCGAAGCAGCUAUGUCUGAUAUGGUUGCUAAAUUUCAUACAACGGAUGAUUACAGUACAAUUUUAUCUCAUAAAGAAACUGAAACACGCAAAAUAUCAGGUCAAGAAUUUUUUUCAGAAACUAAGCAAGUGUCGUCUUCUGAUGAUGAUUCUCUUAUUAUUAAAACUGAAACAAAACAUGAACUGCGUGGUCAAGAACAUCAAAUCAGAGAAAAGACAACGGUACGCAUAGACGGUGAUCAAACGGAAACUUCUCAAAAAAAGACAGAAAGAGCUCAUGAAGCUUCAGCAAAACGAUCUGAUUUGGAGACCAAAACAGUGUUUAAAAGUACAGAUGAUACAGAUAUAGUUAAAGUAGAACGAGAAUUCUUAGAACAAGGAUUGUAUACGGGUCGACAAACUAAAUCAGAAGAAAAAAUGACUGCUUUGAAGGAUGAAACAAUAAAGAAGAAACAUGAAGUAAAGAUAUCAGAAAGAGAUUUAUCACAUGAACAAUGGGGCAAAGAAUAUUUCACUGAACCAGGAGAAUUAGAAAAUAUUCAAGAAGAUGAUGAUACGAAGUCUAAAAGAGCAUUUAUCGAUUCAUCUCUUAAAAUAGUCGAAAAGGAUGAAGUUGUCUCUAGUACCGAAGUUUCAGAAAAAGGUAGAAUAAUUAGUUCAAAGAUUGAACAUCACAAAGAAGAAUCAGUAAUAGAAAGUAAAGAUCAUGACGAUCUUAGUUCAGAUGCCUCACAUGCUCCUAGUUUUAGGAGUGAGACAGCUGAAAGAUGUGGUUCUUCUGAAGCAAGCCCAAAAAGUAAAUCGAAGUCCUUUAAAAAAGAUAAUGAGAUAUAUGAAGUAGAUUUUAUUAAAGAAAUUAAAGUUUCAACAUCACCUGUUAAAAGUACAUUUAGUCGUACUGGAAGUCAAGAUACCCAUUCUGAAUCAGAAGUUGUACCAGAGUUGCCACAUGAUGAUAAAAUUGGUGAUACAUUUAAGAAAGAAAAAGUAAAGUCACCUAUUAAAUUACCACAACAUGAAAUAGAAGAUCAGCUUUGGGAGAUGUCUUUUCAAAAGAGGGAUUCUUUUGAAAUGGCUGAUGACACGCCAAACUCAUUUAAGCGAACUGAUACUACUCUAGAAUCAUCUACGGGCAAAAAAAGUUCUGAUAAUGAUACUAUUUUAGAACUUAAAAGCGUUGUUGAAACUAGCACUGAACUCUUUAGUAAGCCGCUCAAAACAGAUAUGUCACCAAGUACUUUUGAGAUUACUGAUGAUAUUAGUACUACUUCUAAAGAUAUAAUGAUAAAAUCUGGAGAAAGCAUUGACACUGAAUACAUGGUUAAGUCUUUAGAAUCUCACGAAGGUGAAGUGUUACAGAAAUCUAUAGAUUCAACGGUUAGUGCCGAAACACUACAUGCAUCAGAGUUCUCUACUGAAGCUGAUUCAGCAUUUUUAACAGGAACGGAUCAUAAAAAAGAAGAAAUAAAACUCGUGAAAGAAAAGAGUAUGGAGGACAUUUGUAGUAGCGGUUAUGAUACUGAUCUUUCCUCUGCCGAGUUUCAUGCGACGAAACUUGAGUCAGAACGUGUGGAUUUUGAUACAUUAAUGUCUGCUCAGCCACUCGCUGACUUAUCAGUUUUGGAAAAAACCAUAGAUGAAGUCAAGCAGUCUCUUGAAGCAGCGCAAGUAGAAAUCAUUAGCGAAAAAAGUGAUGGUAGUAGCAAAUACAAACAAUCCCCAUCGGAAUUUCAAUUCAAACUUUUAAUAAGUCCAGACAGACCCGAAGUUAUAACUGAAGAACCACAACAUGGGGAUGACCAGAUCGAUAAAAGUGCUGUACAACUUGUAAAAGAAAAAGUAGCCUUAGAUAGUCAACAAUCAGAAAUCAUGUCAUAUAAAGUAAGUUCUCAAGAAGAAACAACUUCAGAUGAUGAAAGAGAUACUGUAAAUAUAAAAGAAUCUAGUCCACCCUUAGACGGCGAUAUAUCCAUAAGAUCAGAUAGUGGUCCACAUUCUAUACUAGAGACAGAAAGUGAAAUUGUUCUGUCUGAUCGAGACGGAUCUUCUAAAGGCAGUCCAGAAGUUAAAUUAAGAGUUCAAAAACAUAUAAAAUCUAAAUUAGGAAUUGUAGAGAGACGGUCUGCCUCUGAAAUAGAAGGAUGGUCUAGCUCUGGUGAAAGUCAUUACCAUAGCUUUGAGCAAUCUGAAAGUAGACCUUUGUCAUCAGAUGUAGAUGUUAUGAUGACAGCUCAAAGCGGAACAGAGUUUGAAUCUGCAUUAACAAGCCAUGAUAUUUCGUCUCAAUCUCUGAGAACUUCCAAGGACUAUUAUACCGCAGCAAGUUCACUCGCUUCGAGAGACAGUAUGAAAAGUCUUGACUCCGAUGGGUCUAGUCAUGUAGCUAGUAUUGAUAUAUCUGAUGCAUCUGAAACACUUGUACCUUCUGCAAAUGAAUUAAAGGAGGAAUUAAUGGAAAGUACAACAUAUAUAGAACAGUUUCUUCAUGAAACUGAAAAAGACACAAAGAUUAAAGAUAUGAGUGAAGAUGAAGCAUCUGGCGAUGAAGAUGACGAUAAAGCAAAUGUAAUUGAACCUGUUGGUAAAAUGAAAAGAUCUCAUGAAAUGCGAUUCCAACCAAAAGAAAUGAUUCCUGAACAUUUUCCUAUUGAAGGUACCACAGAGAGUAUAGAAAUUGAUGAAAAUAAAUCUAAAGAAAGAAAGGAUUUAGACACGACAAUAUCUGGUGAAUUGAAAACUGAUAUUACAUUAUCAUCAUCAUUAUCAUCAAAACAUAAAAUACCGACGCCAUUGCCUCCUUCAGAUACAGAAGCAGAUGGUAUUCAAGAAGAUAUUAAAAAAAUAUCAACUGCUGAACAAAAUGCUUUACCUUUUGCAGUUACUAAACUAGAUAAACCACAGAGAGAGUUUGUUGACGUCGAAAAUGAAAUUAUUCCUAUUGGUUCUUCUGAAUAUGAAGAUAUAGUACAAUUUGGCAGCAUUACUACUGCUACCAAAAAGCCUUCUAGCGAACAUACAAUCCUUGUGAAAACGAUAGCGUAUUCAGAUGCAACUGUGCCUGAAAAAGAAAUUGCCGAAAUUGAAGAACAAUGUUUGAAAAAAGUAGUAAAAGAGGUUACUGUUGUGCCUUUUCCAAUUACUGAGAAAAUACCUACUCAGCGAGAAUUUGUUGACGUAGAGUCUGAAAUCAUACCAAUAGGUUCAGCACAGUAUGAAGAAAUAUUGAAAUCAAAAAGUGAUUCAUCAGUGCCUAAGACAAAAGUUGAAAAGUCUAUCGUGAAAACACCAGAUUCACAACUAGAAAGUAAACAGAGUUCUACAUCAAGUCUAAAAACUCAUGAACACAUGUCAACGCCACAGACGCCUUUAUCAGCACCAAGUCAAAGUUCUUUAUCAACAGAUAAUGGUCGAGAGUAUGUUUUGGAUGAUAUGUAUGACAUUUCUGAAACACCGGAGCUUAAAUCUGAACUUAUUACAGAGAGUAGCAAAUCUGAGCUCGUAGUAACAACGGAAGAGAAAAAUAUUGAUACUUACGAAAAAGAACAAGAUUCACCAAACAGUGAAGAAUUUGAAUUAUUAGAUAAGCCAAAUGAAAUGGAUGAUUUUGUCGUUAUAGAAGAAGUAGCAAAAGAAGCACAAGAAACUGACACGGAAGGGAAAAGUUUGCAAAUAAAAGCACAAAAGUAUGUAAAACGUCAUGAUACCGAAGUUGAAGAAUAUUUAUCGAAGACUUCGAAGAAACAGGAAAGUACCAGCAGUACCUCGGGGUCAUUAUCAGAUGAAGAAUUGCUUCAGUAUGAGUUGGAACAAAAGAAAUUACAAGCUCAAGAGUUAGCUGAAAUUGAAGCUGGCAAACGUUGGAUACAAAUGCAGUUUGAAGGAGAUCCAAGGUAUGAUUAUGAAAGAGUUCCAUUAGAAGAUAUAAAAGAGGAAGAAAUGACUGAUUUCGAUGCAAGUCGAAUUGGUAGUUUAAGUUCUCAAAAAGAAUCUAUAGGCAGCUAUGGCAGUUUUAGAAAUUCAUACGGAAGCCUUUCUGAAUCCGAAAUGGCUUCACGUAUAAGAUUUCGUGUUAGAGGUGAAAAUGAUGAUAUUUCAAUUAGUUCUUUACAAGAAUUUGAAAAUCUUGAAAAAGCGUUAAUGGAACAAUAUCAACAACAAUCUUCAUCUUCACAGGAUUCAUUAAAUGGAUCAUUGCCUAGACGAUAUAUACUGAGUAAAAGUCAAGGUGAUGAUAUUUCUAUAUCAAGUUUAAAGGAAUUUGAAGGUCUUGAAUCUGCCUGCCUUGAAGCACUUAAAGCCGAAAUACUUGCCAAACAGAAAGAAGCCCUCUUGUUAGCUGAUCCUAAAGAAGUCAGUAGUUGUUUCUUAGAAAGAGAAAAACGCUCUUAUAGUGGAAGUUCUGAAAGUAGUCCACCACAAAAAGGUGGUAGUCCCAGUCAAAAGACUGGCAGUCCAUCACAAAAAAGUGGAAGUCCGUCACAGAAGGUAGGUAGUUAUGGCAGUCCGUCACAAAAAAUGUUAACGGAUUCUGCAGCUAUUAGAAAGCUUAUUGAUCAACAAAUGGCUGUAGAACAAAAACUACAAGAGGUAACACCAAAAGUUAUUACUGUUAAAAAGUAUGAUGAUAGAGGAGCAUUUUUUGUACCUGAACCUGAACAAGAAUCAUCUGAAUCAAAAACUGCUGAAGUAAUAGAAGAAUGUACGAAGUCCUCAUCUUUUGUUUGCGCUGCAGCUCCUAGCGAUGGUUCAGCUGAAUCUAUACCAGGCGAUUGUGAAGAAAUGAUGAAGAUAUUAGAUCAAGAAGAAAAGUCUAAAACAUCAAGUGCCGUUACUAGAACAUUUACAGAUGGUGGUGUUAUAGAAGUUGUAAGAACUACCACCGUCAUACAACAGAAAUUUGUAGAUGGAAAAAAAGUAUCUGAAACUGUAACUAGUACAGACGGAGAUGGUGCUGUAGAUAUUCCGGCGAGACCUAAGCCAUUUGACGAAGGUUCAAUGUCUUAUGGGUCUGAAAUGUCUUCCUCGAUCGUAUCUCAGUCAUCAGAAAUGGAUAGUCUGAUGACAGUUAUGGAAAGACAUACAUCUGAGGGAGAAGUAGUAACUGUGACGAAACAAACAAUAAUAAUGUCUUCAGAUAAACCUGAAGAUCUAGAAUUUUCAAGGGAAGGAAGUGUCAUCCGUGAACUUUCACCUUCAUCCGGGAGGUCGAUAGCUCACAGCAUUAUUUCAUUUUCUGGUAAACAAUUCACAGAUCCUGCAAGUGGUUCGUGGAGUGGCCAAGAUGAAGAAUUGAGUUCAUCUGGAAGCUUUAGUAGAGCACGAGCCGAUUUGAUGUUAGGCAGUACUGACAGCUUAGAAGCCACCAGUUCAAAUGCCACCAGGGCGACUUACAACUACGAAGUUGAUACACCGAUGACAGGGUCUCUUACAUCUGGAGCGGUACGCCCUCCAGGGUCGAACACGAUGGUGUCCUCACUGGACACCUUGGAUCCAGUGACUACAGUACAGAUGGAGAGCCUAGAACACCAGUCGACAAGUGAACACUACUCCCAUGAUUAUGAAGUACAUGAACCGGAUUCGGACACAGAAAGAUUGGAAUUAGACGGUCGUAUCCCUCGAGCAAAGGAGAGGACCAUUAUGUUUGACAGCACCGACACACUUAGCGCCGUGAGCGGCGACAACUCCGUCAAGGAGGCGGCAGUCGAAACGGCCGCGCCCACAUUUUAUAUCGGAGAAACACCAAUUCUUAGAGGGGAACUAAGAAGAGACGAAGACGACGAUGUUCAGCCGACUCUUUCGGAGAGCUGUCCAGCAUCACUGCCGCCCACAACGCAGCCAUCGCCACCAAUUCCAGCACAAAGAAGAUCUCUCACAAUGCUUGCGAAGUCGCCGCCGUCAAGUCUAGAAGAAACUGCGAAGAAAUAGAUCUCCUAAUUCUGCAUUAAAAUAUUCUAAUCUUCUUCAUUUCUUUUCAAAAUCUUUUUGUUAUAUGUAGAAUAAUCCUGACUCAUCUAGCUAUCUAGGCUUUGGCAAGUGCACUAUUGGCUACUUGGCGAAUACGAAAAUUGACAAGUUUAAAAAUUUACAAAAUAAUGUUACUGAACAUCUAAAUACUUCAUCUAUUAAACGUAGACGACUAUUAAUGUUUACUGUCGGGACAUCUGUUGCGAUAGUUAUCAUCGGAUACAUAUAGUAUCUUCUUACAUCAUCUAUGUAGUAGACUCUCACAUUUUUACCAGUGACAGAGUGUUCAUUGACAUGUAUGACAAACUUCCAAACGCCAAUGUUUGACAUGUAGAAGUUAUUCAUUUGUUGGAUAUUUGCCAUACAUGCCAAGUUUUGGAUAAUAUUUUGGUACUUACUUUUGUACUGGAGUGGAGUUUUUGUACGACGUUGGUCCAUGUAACUUCGACCUAUCCUUAGAUAGUGCUUAGCUUUUAGUCUUGGAGUUAUGCUUAUUCAAUAUGAAGUAACACUGUAGGACUAUUGACUAUUUUAUAAGAACUAGAUAAGUAGACAUGUUUCUGAUCAAUUUUGAUAUUGGAUCUCUGAAGAAUUGGUAUUGAAUUUAUUAAUUCUGCCCUCAUAAAUAUAUCCUCAUAAAUAACAGUAUUGUUAUUCAGACAUUCAACUCUGGUUUUGAUUCUUGCACAAUUCUUACGUAAGUAGCUAGGUAGGGAUACAAAAUGUAGGGUAAGCUUCUACGGUCGGCUGUUUUAUUGAUCUCGUUUUUAUUAAGGCUUAGUCAUAUUUGUUAUAACUUUUGCUUUACUUAUGAUAAUUUGUAUAUAUGCUUAGCUUUAUAUAAUAAUUAAGACAGUUGGUAAGUGUAUUUUUGUAGCAAUAUCUUUUUUAUUAUUUAUAUUAAAUUUAAGUGUAUUUAAGGAGCGAUUAAGUACUAAUAUUUUGAUCUUUAGAUUGAACACACUUUCUUUUAUUUCUGUUCUAUUGAAGUAUUCAUAUUAUGUAAGUUAUUUGUUAAUAAUCUUAUUUCACUAAUUUAUUAUUUAUAUAUUUUUAAGACUAAUAAGUACUAAAUUGUGGCAGUUGACCGUAGGUAAUAUAAACCAAAUUACAUAAUUUGGUCAGGGCUUGCUCACUUCCAAAGGAUUAUGUUCCAAUGUUAAUAACUCUAUGGUUAUUGUAAGAUGAUGGUUAUUGACCUUGAUUUUAGACAUGGAGAGGGUAUUAGGAAAAUUCGGUAUCUGAAUUAAUAAGGUCUGAGGUUGCAUCGAAGUCGCUUAGCAA